CCUUGCGCAAUUUGAUGAAUAGCGUCGCUGUCAUAAGCGUCAGAAAUAGUGGAAGGCGUGUAAUCAGACGGACAGCUGGAAGAGCGAAUGUGACGUAAAGAAGGAGCGGUUGGCAUGUUACCUCCUCGCCGCGUAUAGUGCUUUAUUCGGGGAUCCCCAAGUGAGAGACUUUCCUCAAAACUAUUUGCAGUCCGCGCGCCAUCCUGUUCUGGGAUUUUAUGCUUCUUUUGACACACUCUUCUACAAAGAGAUGGGGCCGCAACAUUGUUACGCCUAAAUCAAGUUUUACAAACGUAAAGGCGACCAUGUUUUUCUGAGAAUUAUUUUGCACAGCCUUUUGAUUUCAACGCAGGAGGAAGACCUUUUGGCUCGACAAGGAGCCACCGAGGGCCCACGUCAGUAUGGUGAACAACCAAGCGUCAGGCGUAGCGCCUGCCCCGAGGUCAUGUGCAGGAUGUGGGGGGAAGAUCGCUGACCGUUUCCUGCUCUUCUCCAUGGAGCGUUAUUGGCACACUCGGUGCCUCAAGUGUUCCUGCUGCCAAGCCCAGCUGGGCGACAUUGGCACCACUUGCUACAGCAAAGGAGGCAUGAUUCUGUGUCGCAGCGACUACAUCAGGCUGUUUGGGCACAGCGGGGCGUGCAAUGCCUGUGGCCAGUCGAUCCCAGCCAAUGAGAUGGUGAUGAGGGCACAGGGAAAUGUUUACCACCUUAAGUGUUUUAGCUGUGCCACGUGCAGGAACAGACUGAUGCCUGGAGAUCGCUUCCAUUACAUCAAUGGUACAAUUUUCUGUGAGCACGACAGACCCGGUGCUGCCUUGCUCAGUAGCCACCUACCACAACUUCAAAGUAACUCUGUAAUGACGGACCAGAAGGUGUGCUGAGUGGAGUGUGCGCUGAAGGUUUAAUUCCUGUCUCCUACUAUGUACAGUUGCCAUUGCUGUGAGUUCUGUUGACCCCGACACCUCCCCUCCACUGAAGAAGCAGCUUCCUCCAAGUGAAAUCCCAUCUCGUCAUCAUAUCAAAGAAUCCCUGAACCUUCUCUCGGUCAAUUUAUGUAGUGUUGCCAGGGUGCGCGGGCCCCAGGGAAAAGGAAAAAAUAGAAAAGCUGCAAAUUGAAAAUACUGUUUUCCAUGGGAUCGGUCAGUAAUGGGCCCUUAGAAUUGUCAUCACUUCCCUUCUCCAUAUGGGAUCCCUGGUGUUCCGUACAAAGGUGGCAGAUGCUUACAUUCUGUGUGGACUGCGCUAGCAGAGACUUUUCUGGACUCCGAGAAAGCUCGAAGACUAUAACUGCCAUCAAUCAAAGGAUGGAGCAAAAAAUGUUUUAGAGUUUGAUGGACUACUGUAACAUGAUUCUCAACGUCUUGUGCCAAGUGGCAUUAUUUUCCCUAAUUGUCAUUAGUGUUUCGAAUCUCUCUCUGAUCUGAUCUUUUAUAUGUCUAUCUGAGACCUUAGGUGUCAAAUUAUAAAAUUAGAUGGGUGUUGGGCACAAAAUGUUUAUCCCAAUCAUGAGAAAUCCAUUAAUUACACAAAAAUGAUGUCUCAAACUUUUAAAGCACUAUUGAGAAUAGGAUUUAUUCCUUGUCGCCGUCUAUAAUUUCCAUAAUGAAAUGGGUUACUUUUAUCAUUUUUCCUGGUCAAUGUGUGCAAAUGAUGAUUUUAUUGAGAAAAAGCAAAUUCAAAAGAAUUUAUCAUAUGAGCUGACAUGAGUGUGAGGCCAGGAGUUGUCCUGUACUUCCUGGUAGCUAGCGUGGUGGCUGGAGCGGUCUGUCUCUCGCUCGCUCACUCUUGUUAGCCCUGUAUGGUUAAAACAUGGCUGAUUACCCCGGGGAAUGGAAUUAGGGGGCUUGAGCUCUGACCAUUUACAGAAGCAAUUAAACAUGAGCCCUGUAUCUGUGCCGGUGGAACUCCUGGGAGGCUGAACUUGGGGCAUAUCCUGUGGCCGGCUGGCUCUCUGACUGCCUGCCUGCCUUUCUGCCUGCCUCCCUCUAAUAAAGACUAAUCUGAAAGCUCUCUAAUUAAAGGGGAGUGGUCCCAUCUCGAUGGAGGAAAUUUCAA